AUGUACAGAAGCUGCCUUUUGGAAAAAGAAACGGGCAUGUACUCGGGCACUCUCAGGAGCCCCGCAGGAGGUGGCACAGCCGGGGCUGGCGCCACUGGGGACGGUGGGAGUCCGAUGCCAGCCUCCAACUUCGCAGGGGCCCCGUCUUAUGCGCACUAUAUGGGGUAUCCCCAUAUGCCCGGUAUGGAUCCUCACGGGCCAUCGCUGGGGGCCUGGGGGUCACCCUAUAGUCCCCCUCGGGAAGACUGGAGCGUGUACCCCGGGCCGUCCAGUACAAUGGGCACGGUGCACAUGAACGACAUGACCUCGAGCCCCGCUGCCUUUGGCUCGCCGGAAUACAGCAACCUGGAACCCGCAGGGGGUGGAAACAGCGGUAGCAGCCUGCCUACACCAGCCGGCGGAUCACUGUUCCCCAUCGACGCCUGCACCGCCGACGCCAGUUCUAACAGAAGCCGCCACAGCCCCUAUGCGUGGAUGCGCAAGACCGUGCAGGUGACUGGGAAAACCAGGACAAAAGAAAAGUAUCGUGUGGUUUACACAGAUCAUCAAAGGUUGGAGCUGGAGAAGGAAUUCCACUGCAAUAGAUACAUCACCAUUCGGAGAAAAUCAGAGCUGGCAGUCAACUUGGGCCUUUCUGAAAGACAGGUGAAAAUCUGGUUUCAGAAUCGCAGAGCCAAGGAGAGAAAGAUGAUCAAAAAGAAAAUAUCCCAGUUUGAGAACAGUGGAGGCUCAGUGCAAAGUGACUCUGGCUCCAUCAGCCCUGGGGAACUACCUAACACUUUUUUCACCACCCCAUCUGCUGUCCGUGGAUUUCAGCCUAUUGAGAUACCGCAGGUCAUAGUCUCUGAAUGA